AUGGCAGCCGAAUACGAGGAACUGACAAUGUCGACCGGAUCCGUGGCCCCGAUCACUUCCGUGAAGCUGCGUAUCCCCGGCCACAGCGUCGGGCUGCUGAUCGGCACGCGCGGCGAGACGAUUCGGCGCAUCGAGAAGGAGUGCGGGCUGAGUAGAAUUCACGUCGAAAAAGACAAUUGCGCCGAUGCGCCCGAGCUGCGCGAGGUCACGCUGCAAGGGCCCGUGUGCGCCAUCGAGCUGGCCAGGCCGAUGAUUGCUGAGAUUUCAAGGCGCAGAGCGGUGGCCUGGCUGACGUUGCCGGCCGACAAGGUGCCACGCGUCAUCGGCACACGAGGAGCUACAAUCAAGGACAUCAAGGCCCGUACCGGCGCCCAAAUCGACGUGCAAACGACCGAUCAGGCGCGACGCCAAGGCGAGGUGCAGUGCAGAAUUGUCGGCACCGAUCAGGAGAUUGCCGACGCGAAGCAGGCGAUCUUUCAAGUGCUGAGCGCGGCCGGGGGAGAAGCGCAGCCGUCGCCGCCACCGCAGCCAACACAGCAGCCGGCCCCACAACCACCAGCCCAGGGCCGCCCGUGCAACACCGUCAGCGACCCGGCCAUCCCGCCCGGAUACGACUUCUACCGCCAGAUUCCGGUACCGCAGGACGAAUUCGGGCCGGUGAUCGAGACCGUGGGGGCGAUGUUGAGACGGAUCGUCGCCGACGCCAACAGCAAGAUGGUCAUCAAGGAGAAUGAAAGCGGAUGCGGCGGCGCCGAGCGCAUCGCGCACGUAUGGUCGCAGAGCGAAGCCAGUCUUGAAAAGGCAACGUCGGCCUUCCACCAAUUUUGCAAGGAGCGCUCUCGCAGCAGCCAAAUCGGCACCGAGCAGCAGCUGUUCGUCGAGAUCCCCUCCGAACGAGUCGUCCAGUUCGUCCGCGCCAUCCCGUCGAUGAAAGCCGUGACGGGCGCCGAGAUCCGUCUGGCUGGUGGAAUUGACGAGGAGAACAAGCCGUACCGCGUCUUCAGCAUCACCGGCAGCGCCGACGAGAUCAAGCACGCCAAGCGGAUUUGUCAAAGGGCGGCUUCCGACAAGCCGUGCCCCCCGACCGCCGAGCAGUUGGCCUUCGAGACCGUCGCGCCGAAUGGCGAUGAAGACAACAGCGCCGACGCCUCGCCAGUGCAGCAACGUGCCAUCCUGCAGCCGUGGCUGAACGACAUGCAACCGGUCGCGCUCAAUUUCUACGACCCGCCAGCGGAUAAAUACGGGCCGCAACCCGACGACGCGCACAAAUGGCUCGAGUACUACCGGAAGGUCGGCCUCGUCGACCAGGCCGCCGUCAUCGAGGCCCUCAUCAAGAAGCGCGCCUCCUCGCUAGAGAGCCUUGUCGACGAUCUGCCCGAGUGGCAUCCGAUCGAGAAGAGGAGGGCAUGGAUCAAGUGUCGACCGGGACGGCCUGGACCACAGGGUAUUAUUAAUAUCGAGAGGAUGGUGUUGAUGGUGGAAUGGGACGAGAGGGGAAGCCCCCAGGCUCCCCAGCGAAAGACGGCAAAGAUGGAGAGAUUGGUGAUGAGGGAGAGGUCGGUCCGCGCGGCUACAGAGGCCGCAAUGGACGGCCAGGCGCCCCGGGAAAAUCAGCUCCAGGCGGCGUUGGAGUACCUGGCCCGAAGGGAGCACCAGGGCCGAGCCGGCCUCCAAGGCGAGCGCGGAAAGCGGAACUACGUCUGGGGCACCGAGGGGCCGAUGGGGCAGCAGGGAUCGAGAGGAUUGGAUGGAAUUCCCGGAAAUCCGGGAAAACGAGGGCCAAAGGGAGACAACGGUGAGCGCGGCUCGAAUCCCAAGUUCUGCCCUUGCCCUCUUGAAAUCUCCUUGCUUCACGAUAAGCACCCAAUGCCGAGACUGGAAGCCCAAAAAGAAGAGAGGAAAACCGCUGAAACUCAACGACCUCAUCCGCCGGCUCCACGGGCAACUACAGCACAUCCACCAGCACCUUCGCCACGUCCUAUACCCCAGCAACAUCGCCUGCGCGAUAUCGCACAGCCUGAAGAAACACAUCAGAUGUUUGGGGACGCGUCAAAGAUAUUGGUGAAGAAGUCCCAUUCUCAUGCCGGAAGCGUGGAUCGACGUAGAGAAUAUCGUGAAAAAGAACUUCUGGCCGAAGAGGUGAAAGAACCACUAUCCGAUUCCGAUGACAAGCCCGAUCUCCCGCCAGCCAUCUCUGAAUGGCGCAGGGAGAUGCAGGCCGAGAAGGCUGAUGUUUUGGAAGAGGAAGAGGAUAGCCCGGAACGAGUUACUGACGCUCCUGAAGCUCCCGAAGCUCCUGUGGCUCCUGAACUCCCCGAAGUCUCUGAGGCCGAAAAUGGUGAGGAGUACGAUGACGAGGCCAAUGGGCGAUCGUCAGACUAUGAAGAGCCCUCCACGACUCAAAGAUCACGAUUCCAUUACGUCACGAAAAGACCCAGAUUGGUUUAUAGCUAU